CGCGGGUCAGGCGGCGCCCGGAUGCUGCGCGGAGGCUGGGGGGCGCGCGCCGGCAGCGCGGCCAUGCCCAAAAAAGGGAAAGGUCCGGCCCGGGAGUCCCAGAAGCCCCAGAAGCCCCUGCCUCCCGCGGGCCCGGUUGGCGUCGACAAGAGCGGCGCCGUGACCAUCGCCGUCCACGCCAAGCCCGGUGCCAAGCAGAACGCCGUGACAGAUGUGAGCGUGGAGGCUGUGGGGGUGGCUAUCGCAGCCCCCCCGUCUGAAGGGGAGGCCAACGCAGAGCUCUGUCGCUACCUCGCCAAGAUCCUAGAGCUGAGGAAGAGCGACGUCGUUCUAGACAGGGGUGGUAAAUCUCGUGAAAAAGUCAUAAAGAUUCUGUCAUCCACCACCCCAGAUGAGAUUUUGGCAAAACUGAAAAAACAGACAGAGACCACGUGAGACGAAAAAGGCGACACAUGGACAUUUUCCUUGGAGGAAAUUAUUUCUGGACAGAAGAAGGUUCUUCCAGAAAUCAAAGGCCAAUAACGUCAUCUUGGCUCAGGAGAAACAAAGGAGCAGAGAACACUGGGUAUGUCCUGAGGUAUUUAAGGUCAAAAUCCGGGCAACCCACUGCUUCCUGUGGCCUACAGCUAUCCAUCAGUUGUCUUCAAACCAUUCAGCCCCUCAGAAACCUUAAGAACUGUGUUUUGGUUUUUUCUCCCCCCCUGCAAAUGUGGGGCAAUAAACAAGGCUGUAAGACCACGCCCCAAUGUUGGCCACAAUUGUAUGUGAGUACAAGUGGUAAACAGAACUAAAGUUUCCAAGACUGGAGCUGUAGACUUGUGUUAAAAUUAAAUCCUGUGUAUAUGUACUGCGGCAGCUUUCUGGCAGUGUCACCAUCUCUAAUCCCUGGGCCUCAGUUCCCUCGUGUGGGGGAAUGAAGUGUGUGAGUUCCAAGUGAGACAGGAACUGUGUCCAUCUUUGAAUAGCUUGUCGUCUACCCCAGCCCUUAGAACAGUGCUUGAUAUAUAGUAAGUGCUUAACAAAUACCAUCAUCAUCAUCUUCAUCUCCUCCUGCCUGAUAUAUUCGGGAUCUGGACCAUCAGAGCCAGUGGGCAGGGCAAAGGGGCGACUUGUAAAGCCAUCUGCACUCCAAAACAGGCACCUCGCUACCCCCAUAAAUGUAGCUCUGAGGACCAGGGCCACCACACCAUGGGGCUGAGAGAGAGGUGAGCCUUGGGCCAGGUAGGAGGGGGAAGCUAGGGUUUCGUCCCCAGCGCUAGCAGAACCAGCCCGGUAAUAAUGAUGAUAAUAACAGCAGUAUUUUUAAAGCGCUUAUUAUAUGCCAGGCACUGUACUAACUGGUAGGGAAGAUACAGGCUGGUCAUGUUGAAACACUGUCCAGGUCCUACCUGGAGCACACAGUCUUCAUCCCCAUUCAAUCUGUCAGCAGACUGAGGCAGCUGAGGCCCAGAGAAGUGAAGUGACUUACCCAAGGUCACGCAGGAGCAGACAAGAUGAGAACCCAGGUCCUUGUGACUCUCAGGCCCAGGCUCUAGCCACCGUGCCGCUCUGUUUCCGGUCAGGGGCAGAAAUCAAAUCCUGGGCACUGGAGCUACAGACGGACAGCACUGGCUGUGAGGGAGGUGAGGAUGAAAGGAAAUGGAAAGAAGGUGGUAGGAAGUAGGAGUGAAGGGAGAAGAAAUGUGGAGGGGAGAGAGAAUGGUUGGGGUCUUCCGGGGCCCAGCUGGAGGAGGACAAGGAGAAAGGAAGGGAGCGGGGGGAGACGAGGAGGAGACCAACGCAAGAAAUCCUCAUCAGUCCGAUGGCCCCGAAACGUGCUUCUCGGGAACGGAGAGAACAGGAUCGUCGGAAACAACUCGUGCAACUACUGUGUUUAUUUAAAGAGAACAGUCUAUGCUACCGGGUGGAUGAAUAAAACGAGUAACGUAAAA